AUGGCAUCGUUGGUUGGCAGGUCGGACAUCACCUCCUCCUGGGAGGAGAGGGAAGAGGAGAGAGAGGAUGAAGAGGAGGACAAGGAGAUGGACAUGUUUAUGACAGACAAGGUGGGUCACCUGCUCCUGGAGACCCCGGAUGAUUUCCAGAACCUUCUACUGUUGAGGAAGAGGAAGAGACAGAGGAAGGCUGCGGCGUCUCAACCAGCGCCUGGUCUGAUCCAGACUGUGCCCUACUAUGUAGACGAGGAGGACUUCUUUAAGGCAUGUGAGCAGAACCUGCUGCCGGUGAUUGACAAGUACUUGGAGAUAGGCGGAGACAUCAACGCCUAUGACAGUUUCCAACGUACAGGGCUCCACAGAGCAUGCUCCCAGGGUCACGCAGGUGUGGUCAGGAGACUGCAGGAUGCUGGAGCAGACAUACACAGCAGGGAUAAGCUGGGUUCUUCUUGUGUCCACGUUGCCUGCAGAGGAGGUAGUGUGUCAGUGUUGGAGCUGCUGCUGAACAGUGGUGGAGACAUCACCGCAACAGACAAGUUGGACAGCAGUCCGCUCCAUGUAGCUGUCAGAACAAGACACUACGAGUGUGUUCUGCUCCUCAUUCAACAUGGAUCCCAAGUCAACACCAGAGACAAGGAAGGGGACAGUCCCAUGCACGAUGCUGUUCGACUUAACAAGUUUCGAAUCAUCCAGCUGCUCUUGCUGCAUGGAGCCGACCCGAACCUCAUGAACAAGAAGGGUAAGACUGCUAUGGACAAUGUGUUGGGGUGGCAGAGCGGAGCAAAUAUCCUGUUCAACGACUACAGUGACUAGAGCGCCCCCUGCUGGUCCACAGUGUCUGUAAGCAUCAACUGGAAACGGGAGAUUUGAUGGGCUUCUUCAACUCCCUCAGUUAAAAAAAAAAUCAGUGUAAACAAAUACAUAUAUCUAUAUCUAUAUCCAAAACAACUAAUACUGAUGUUAGGAGGC